UGAAGUUUGAAACCCACAUUCUAACACAGGCAUCCUGUAUCCCGCGCUGACCAGAGAAGCAUACUUUCGUCACUCAUUGCAUGUUGCUGCAAACGAUUGUUCGGGAGUUCCCGUGCGGCUGCUGCGAUGUAUUCUGCAGGGAUGAACGGAAUGUGCCGGAUGUUCCGGGCGCUCCGUAGCCAUUUUGGCUCGACCGAUUGAGGCUAGCCCCAGCCCGCUCGCGAGGCCGCGCCUCUCAGAACUGAGCGCCCCCGUGAUGGGGAAGAAGCCGGUGUCGAAGAAACAGACCGUCACAACACCUCACAAGCGCAAGGUUGAUGCUGGGCCAGGGGCGUGCGCGAUGGACGUGCUGGAGGCCGACGACGUGCAGCCUAGCACGGCCAAAAAGCCCAAGAGGAACCAGGACCAGACCAUUUCGAAGCUGAUCGAGGAUAACUUCAUCACCUACGGCUUCACCCAACAGGAGUUGUAUAUCACGAUCGUCGAUGGCCUCCUCUUGUCCGACAGGCUGGCCAGAGACAGAGAGAGGCGGGAGAAGAAGGAGAUCACGAUGGGCAAGGGGUAUUACGAGAGAGUGAGGGAGGAGUACAAAAAUCCCAACAGCGCAAUUGAGAGAUGCCAGUCGACGAAAGAUGAGAACGCGGAUGAGUUUCUCGUGGAGGCCUUGACGGCCCUUCACAAAAAGAAGAGCGACAUCGACCUUCUCUCCCAGUGGUCCCAGGACGUGGACGACGUGACAGAGUCAAGUGCGAGCGCUCUGUACCAGUCGGCUCUAAUGAUACCGCCGAUGAAAUCUCUGACUAAUGCUUGUGCGGUGGUGGCCAUUAUGCAAGUUAUAGCCCAACGCAAGUUGCACACCAAGUACCCCGAAUUCUUCCAGGCCGCGGUUGGCCAGCUAGAUACUGCCGCGGUGAAGCAUUCGGCGUGCUCGCAGAAGGAGGAUUUCACUAGCCGGGAUUGGUGGACAGACAACAAAGAUUGGACAUCUUUGAUUGUCCAUGGGGCUGACGUGCAGCGCUGAUGGACAAGAAAGACACGUUCGUGGGGGAGGAGGCCGCGGUAUCCAGGGCCAUUCAAGGUUCCACGUUGGGGCGGAGGCUCUUUGGGAAAGUGGCCCGCCAGCUUGAGGUCGAAAAGAUUUCGGUGAUGAUCGAGCAGGCCCAGAAGCCGAUGACGACUGCCCGUGCGAUCACCAAGACCCUCGAGGACAACGCGCGGAAGGAUUUCAUUGCCAGGAUGAAGUCGUCGGGCAGGGACCCCAAUCGGCCUUGCCCGAAGAAGAAGCAGUUCAAGUGCCUUUAUCGCCGGCUUGAAUAUCCUUCGGUUGCGACGUCGCCCAUGGACCAGUAUGGGUUGCAGGCCGACGCGAUCGUCAAGGGCCAGGCGUUGGAUUGGAAGCUCUUGCCGCCGAUGUGGGCGGAGGGCGACUUGGUGCCUGCUCCUCCAGCGGGCCCGGGGGCAAUCUAUGGCGCCAGGCUGGCGAAGCCGAAGGCCAGCCGCAAGUCCGCCACAGCUGAGCUCGACGACACGCAGGCGACUUCGACCAUGAUAAAGGCUCACAUGAAGAAGAAGUCCCAGUUUUUGAACCAAACGGAUCGCAUGUUCCGCAACGAGAUGUUCUUCUGGCAGCACUUGACUGGCAUGGGUGUCACCAAGACGGUGCAGGACUCGAUUGUGGGGUGCUUCGGCACGCCAGAAACUAAGAAGUCGAUGGAGGCAGUCACGGCCAGCUUGCAGACGCUUGCGUCGUCCAAGCUAUUCGCUUUCUCGGGGCCGCAGACGCAGAACCUCUUCACGAACAACGUGAAGAUCUGGAUGGACGCGCUCACGGCAGGCAAGUGCCCAAAGUUCGACAAGCUGCCCUCGAACGCUUUCUUGCUGGCGGCGCAGGCGGGCAUGCUCAACGCGUUCGAGGUCCCUUGCGCCAUAGAUGGAGAUAGUUCGAAGUUUACGCCACACGCCGAUGGAGUCAAUGCGCUGUGGGGGGUCCUGAAGGGGAAGCCUGUUGAGGAAGUCAAGUUCCAGAACAUUCAGGCCGUUGUGAAGUAUGGUUGGGCGCUGUCUAAGGAGGACCGGGCAGCGGCCACCACCUUGCUCGACCGCGUCGCGGCCAGUGCAGCAUCCAGCGCCGGCGUUGUUGAGGAGUCGAACAGCAAGGUUAAGAAAGCGGAUGUCAACACUAAGGCGAUGGUCCGGAACCUCUUCAAGGAGAAGCCUUGAGAUCAGCUGCGCUUCGGACCAGCCCCUUUUGGCCGGGCUUGCAGCUUCCAUGCUCGAGAGGCUUUGACAUGCGCUGAUGAAUGUUAUACCCAGGUUGAAUAACAUAUGAUAUGUUUAAUACUAUGCUGCAAGUUAUAAUGCCAUGGGUCCUGUUCCGACAAUGUGUCUCUCAGUGCAUGGGCUGUGCAUUUCUAGCGAUGUAUGUAUCGUGCGGCUGCUGCGUCGUAGGCUUGGGGCGGCCUGCGGAUGCUCAUCCAGGGGCGGGCGGAUGUCAACGAGUUGACAACCCAACACUACAUAGUCCUUGGUUGUUUAAGCUGCUGCGUGGGGAUUUCCCUCUGCACAAGUAUCGAAGAUUUGUGAUGGACGAUUGGUUACGUUAGUUACCCGUCCGGUUC